AUAACCGAUAGCUAAGACCAAAAACGCUGCGAAGCUAUCGAUAGACCACGGAUUUUGUGAAAUAAUUUUAUUUUAUUGAUUUUGGCGAAAUUCUCGGCUGAACAGGCGAGGAAAACGUGCUUCGAACCCCAGCACGUGCGCUAAGUGGCUGCACCUGACCGCCGGCAACGUCCAGACCACGAAAUUCGGUGUGCUGGACCACCGGAAUAGGCAGUCUCUGGAGUCGCAGUGGACCACUUGCACCACCGCCCCCUUGGAGUUGCCCCCUUGAAUCACAGAAUCACAGAUAAGAAGUGUCGCCGCUUCUCGGAAAAUGGUGGACGCCGCCAGGCAAAUGCUCGACGAGCUGAUGGGCAGGAACCGCAACCUGCAUCCCUCGGAGGCGGGCGCUAAAGUCAAUUGGGAGGAUCCCGAGUUCUGUCAGUUCUACAACGUCAAGUUCUGCCCGCACGAUCUGUUCAUAAAUACCCGCGCGGAUCUGGGUCCCUGUGCCCGCAUCCACGACGAGGAGGCCCGUCACCUGUACGAGGAGGCCCGUCCCUCGCAACGGAAGCGCCAGUACGAGGAUGAGUUCCUGCGCUUCUGCAAUGUGAUGCUGCACGAUGUGGAUCGAAAGAUCCAAAAGGGCAAGCAGCGUUUGCUUCUCAUGCAGAAGGAUCAGCCCAACGCUCCGGCUCCAUUGACCAGGCACCAGGAGCAGCUGGCCAACCUGAAUGCCAGGAUCAACAAGCUGCUCUCCGAAGCGGAGGAGGCUGGCAUUCGGGGGGACGUGGACCAGGCCCAGGAUCUGAUGACGCUGUGCGAGGAGCUCAAGGAGGAGAAGGAGCAGGUGGUGCAGCAGUACGAGGCCCACGCCAAGGCCAUCAGUAGCAUCAGUUUGAGCAAGUCACCGGAGGACGAGCUGCACAACAGUCCGGGCACAAAUCCCAGCGAGGAAACCCCAAACACCGCUCUUCCAGCCGCCGCCGCCACCACAGCCGAUGAAGCUCUGGAGGCCGCACCAAGCUCUGCAGUAGCAGCAGCGGGGGCAGGCACCUCUCCUCCGCCAGAUGGCGAAGGAGCAGGAGCUACCGGCGAGGAAAAGACGGCCGAGAACAAGGCGGCUGGCUGGUCGCAUGACUCCCUGCCCGAGAAGCAGAUGAAGGUGUGCGAGAUCUGCGGCGCCUUUCUCAUCGUCGGCGAUGCACAGCAGCGGAUCGAGGACCAUUUGAUGGGCAAACAGCAUUUGGGCUACUCCAAGCUGCGCAACGCGGUGGCCGAGAUCAACGAUGCUCGCCAGAAGGAGCGCGAGCAGGAGGAUCGUCGCCGGCGCGAGGGCCGAGUUCAGCGCUUCCACUCCUACGACAACAGACGUGAGCCCCGCAACGAGUACCGAGAACGAAGUCGCGAGUAUGUCCAGAAUCGCCAGCCCUCGGAUCGGCGUCACCAUCACCACAAGUCGCACCACAGCUCCCAUCACUCGUACUCGCGCAGUGGUGGCGGCGGCGGCGGAGGAGGCGGCGGCGGUGGCAACCGGAGCAGCCGCAGCCAUCACAACCAUAAUCACUACCGCCACGACAGCCGGGAUCGCCAUUGCCGCAGCCGGAGUCGCAGCCGCUACUAGAGACCAAAAAGAAACCGAACAUUAAGCAAGUGAAAAGCAAGAACCACAAGUUAAUGACGCGUAGAUGCAUAAGCCGAAAGUCAGGAGCAGGAGUUCCCAAGCCCCAAAACGAAACCACACAACUAAAUAUGAUCAAGAGUACAAUCUCUCGCCCGUCUGCAAUCCUCAAUCCCCACAAUCCGUAAGCAGCAGCUGCCGCGGCGAAAGGCGGCAGCAUCGAGGUACCCAAAAAACAAAAAUCAUUAACAAAAUUUUGCAAAAUAAUAUGUAUCAGAACACAGUUAAAAAGAAACAGUAUCUGAGCUGGCAGAGCGAGUGCGCUGAGGUGAGUCGAACACUUGAUAGACCCGUAAAAGUAACACUCCGGCGCCAUUGUGCCACUCCACACUCCGUAGACAUACUCGUUUUCGUAUCAUAACUAUGUAUCUAUAUUGAUCUAUGUCUGUGUAGACACGCGUGUCCCCCUCAGUGUGUGUACCCAGUCGGGAUGAGAUCCGCCGAGGAUUUCGCGAGGGCAGUCCUUCAAAGGGACAGACGGACGGACGAAACGGGCCCAAGAGCUGAUGGUUCUUUUAACUUCUUUCUGUUAUGUUAUGCUUUUGGUUUUUUAAAGCACUAGCUUGAUCUUUUGUCACAUGUUUUGAAAUCCAGCCAGCCCUAACAAAGUAAACUUUUUAAACGAUGGAGAGGUUUUUACUUUUAAAACAAAUUAAUAACGAUUUUCUUUCUUAGGUGUCUUACGACUGUAUAGUACAGGAUGUUGACAUAUCGAAAACCUACUACUAGAAAAGCUGAGGCUAAUUUAAAAUUAUUUGUAUCCAUGGUGAAAAUAUAGAUCAAUUACAUUAUUCUUUAUUUUCUUGAAGUGGGUUCAUAUUUUAAAAAUCGUUUAAGACCAGAUUGUUUGUGUUAGCCCUGGGUUUGCCUAACCUAGAAUAGAAUAAGGAGCAGAAUUUCGCAAUAGUCUCUACAAAGAGCUGAGCCUUCCGGUUCCUACACAUGAUAGAAAUCAGAUUAGGGCGACACGGAGCGUUCUCCGGACGCUGCCCUCGCAAUUGGGAGUGGGACAGUGACUGAAACAGGUAUUUACCAAGCCUUACUGUUAUCUCUAUGCGCUUAACUAACCCAACAGAAACAGAUCCACGCAUCUCAUGCAAUCCUCUCCGCACAGCCCCACCCCACACCUAUCUGCGCCACCCCGAACACAAGAAAACACCCCGUAAACCAUAUACCUUAAGUGAUAAAUGUAUAUAUAGUACUAUAUAUAGUGGCCUAGAGAGACUCGUACUGCAUGUGCUUCUGCCUUGGCUUGGCGACUGGGUUGCUGGGUCACUUGUGUGCGAUGGGAGGUUCUGGGUUUCCAAAGUUCCCAAGACGAGGUACGUAGUCGAAAAGUGAGAAGUGACGGACUGAGGGAGUGAAGAAGAGAGAGUGACAGUUGCACAGGUACAUUUGAUCGAUCAAUGAAACCAAUCAACCGAAAGCCCUUUCCAAGGAUGAAUCUUUGUAAAAUAGCUAUCCUUAUUGGAGUCCGACUUUUAAAUUCAGUGCACUACAUAUUCUUUAUUUGCCAUCUGCUAGAAAAUAUAUUAGGAUGCUAUAAAGAUGAUACAAUUUUUGAUCAGUGAUCAAACUAUUUUCCGUUUUGUUGGGAGUUUAUGAUGUAGCAAUCCUAAAAGUAAGUGCUUCCCUUGGAAGGGGUUCCGAAAGGAUCCGGCUCGCCGUCCUAGCUCUACAUGUUCCUUUUUGUAUCCUCCUCUCAUUGUUGUGGUGUCCUGGCCCCCCCAUCCCCCAUGCACUAUCGUACUUCUUAAGAUAAAAACAGAAACAAAAACUAACCCCAGCGAAUCUUCAAGCCAAGAUUACAAGACACCCACGAAAAACACGAGGUAAUUGAAUUGCUAAAUCGAAUUAAACUAUAAUCAAAACACAAGCUAGGCAGAGAGCAGAGGGAGACAGCAAACAGAGCACAGACAGAGAGGGCGAGAGAGUUCGAGUUCCCAAACCCAUGCAAGUGUAUGUUCAUGUUCCCCCUCCUCUUCACCAACAGGUAAAUUGUGACUGACCCCGACCCCAAAAAUAAUGAUAUUGAUACUGAUUGAGCCCGUUUUUGCCACUUUCGCUUGCGACACGAUCAGCCGUGGGCUGAGACGCUGUCCAGAGCCGAAAGAGCCCUCGUAGAUGUGUGUUCUGAACUGUUCGUGCCACAAUAGUAAAACCCCACACUCAGAUGAUCCUGAGCCUAUUCUUUACGAGCACGAUCAGCUCGAGACUAGUUUAAGAUGCGCUAUCCACCCUUCUACCCAGCCCAAACUGUUGGUCUGGCUCACUUGGCUAACACUUUUCCUUCUGCAAACGAAUUCCAGGAGCCGCCUUCUGAGGAGUGGAGCCGGAGCCCGAGAAGUGGAAAUGAGAGAGAGGGAUAUAUGUGAGGAGAGAGGAUGAAAUAUAUGCAUUGAGAAAGAAGAACCAACCAGGUAACUUCUAUGCCACACCUCCCCACAUAAAUGUUUCUUCACGACAGAGAGGCCGAGAUCCGCAAUCCGGAAUCCGAAAUCCGUAAUCCCGAUACCCAGAAAUCAACGAUCCUCAAUCGGCGAUCAACGAACUAUCGAUCAGUAAUCGGAGAAAGGGAGAGAGGAGUGAAAGAGAGGGCAGAGAGACACUCGUGUAGAACUUGUAUUAGGCAUGAUGAUACAAUACAAACGAGGUGAAUUUCAAUUUCUCCCAUCUACUUAUAACUAUUAUGUACAUUAUUAUAUAACUCCAACAUGCAUACUCUCCACCCCUCCUUCGAUCGGUCCUAACAAUCGUUAUCGAAGCGCGCGGGUUUACAUUCGAAGAACCGUACAUGAAAAUGAAUGUAUGGGCCGCUUUAGCUCGUGUCCUCGCAGGCUGAGCUCCCGCUUGCCCAGCCUACGAGGACCCCACUCCUAGUAAGCCGUAGAUCCUAUCCACCACCCAUCGCCCCUUGUUUGGUUACCACGAUCACCUAGCAAAUUAAUCAAUUGAAUUGAACUCCCAUCGGGCAAGCAGGAGUUAGAAAAAAAUGAAAACGUUUACGAAUGCAGACUUAAGUAUAGUGUUACCAGUCAAUAAAACUUGAUCGAUCGCCUGUAGUUAUGUAAAGAUGUUUUUAAUUAUGAAUUACGAUGUGCGUAAGGACACAACAUUCUAUUGAGACUCGCAAUAAUUUUCUAAUAAAGAUCAAAGUAAGUCCCGAAAUCGAAA